AUGGACUCCAGCCAAGUUGGUGGCGGGUGCAAAGGGCGCUGUCAAGCCGACAGGUCAAAUGGAGAUUCCGCUGCGGAAUAUGUUAAGCCAGAGGACAAGGGGGUCUUUUCAAUUCCCAUGUCACAAUUGGCAACAGAUACAGAGACGGUAACAAUGAAAGAACUUCCAGCUGAGACUGAACCACCUGGUGUAGGAUCAGAUGAAGAGGGUCGGGGAAACAGCUGUUUUUCGGAAGAGAAGUCCAAGACACGGUACCCACGACGUUGUAGCAGAAGGAAAGUGUUUUAUGAAGAAAACAUUACUAAAGAUGACGAUUUUAUGUAUUGCGCAGGCUGUGACGAAGAGAAAGAGGGAGAGUGUCCAUACCAUCCAUUGUUCCUUAUUCUAGAUAACCCCGUUGUUCGAGACGGCAGCGAGAAAGAUCGUGCUCGCCUCACAACCCCUUGGCCCCUCACUGUCUACGACUCGAAAGUGAAGGGGGCAGGAAAAGGCGUGUGGACCAAUGCACAUCUCCCAGCCAAUCUUGUGUUUGGACCAUAUGAGGGCCGUGUCCUAUCUGGCCCUCCGGAAGCCGGUAAAGAAUCUGGCUAUGGCUGGAAGAUUCGAGGUGCUGGAACAAGGAAUAGAUGCAUUGAUGCUGUAGACAUUGCAGUUAGUAACUGGAUGCGUUACGUCAACUGUUCAAGAACUCAAGCUGAGACCAACCUAUCUGCAUUUCAGUACAAGGGGCAGGUCUACUACAGGACGGACUCUGCAAUUAGGAGGGGGAGCGAGUUGAUGUGCUGGUACGGAGCCGAUUACGGGAAGGAUCUGGGUCUGUCAAGAGAGCCGUCCAAGUGGAAACCAGCGAAGAAAGAUGUAAAAGAUCGGCAGUGCGAGUGGUGUGGCUUAGUCUACAGCUCGAAAGAUUAUUUAACACUUCACCUAAAAGUGAGCAGAAAGAGUGUUCGCACUUACACGCCGCCAAUUUGCUCCACGCGAGGAAGCAGCAGCAAUAGUGGCUCAACCAAGCAAUGUUUACGAGAAGAGGCGCCGCAGUUCCCGGAAAAGGCGCCUCACGAAUCACUGCGUUCGCCAGCAUCCGAUGAAUAUAAUACUGAGUGUUCAGUUUGUGAUUACAAGUAUGAGUCUUCUGAUAUCCUAAAUCAACAUGUGUUAAUACACAGUGGGAAAAAACUGUUGGAAUGUUCUGAGAGUAGGGAAAGAUUUGCUGACAGUGAUAAGUUGAUGGAAACCCAAAGAAUUCUACCAGAAGAAAGGCCGUUCGAGUGUUCCGAAUUUAAUCAAAAUGGUCAUCUGAAGACACACCAGAGGAUUCACUCAGGAGAAAGGCCGUUCGAGUGUUCCGAGUGUGGAAAAAGAUUUAAUGAAAGUGGUCAUAUGAAGACACACCUGAGGAUUCACUCAGGAAAAAAGCCGUUCGAGUGUUCCGAGUGUGGAAAAAGGUUUAAUGAAAGUGGUCAUCUGAAGACACACCAGAGGAUUCACUUAGGAGAAAGGCCGUUCGAGUGUUCCGAGUGUGGAAAAAGAUUUAAUCAAAGUGGUCAUCUGAAGACACACCUGAGGAUUCACUCAGGAGAAAAGCCGUUCGAGUGUUCCGAGUGUGGAAAAAGAUUUAAUCAAAGUGGUCAUAUGAAGACACACCUGAGGAUUCACUCAGGAAAAAAACCGUUCGAGUGUUCCGAGUGUGGAAAAAGGUUUAAUGAAAGUGGUCAUCUGAAGACACACCAGAGGAUUCACUCAGGAGAAAGGCCGUUCGAGUGUCCCGACUGUGGGGAAAGAUUUAAUCAAAGUGGUCAUCUGAAGAGACACCAGAAGAGCCACAGAGUGCGCUGAAUUAUUUUUCUCACCUGUACAUUUUGUUUUAGAUGUGAGACAAAAAAAGGGACAUGGAAAUAUUUUUGAUAGUCUUUUUAUUUUGUGUACGCCAAAUGAAGGCCUCAGCUGACGACCUGUUUUAUUGACUUUAUUUUACCCAGUACGACUUUCUGAAACCCUUAUUUAUACUUGUUCUGAGAGUAGGAAAAGAUUUGCUGACAGUGAUAAACUGAAGGAAACCCAAAGAAUUCUACCAGAAGAAAGGCCGUUCGAGUGUUUAUUAUUGAUCUCAAAUGUGCUUCUGAAAUCCUUAUUUAUACUUCUUUUUUUUAAUCCUCUAUGUUUAAAGGAUUGUUAUUAAUGACUUUAGUGAAUAUCAAUAAAAAACGAA